GUGCAGUGGAACAGAGGGAGAGAGGAGCCUGUUUUUGGAGCUGCGCGCUGAAAUGCAUGGAGCGGAGCGGCAGAGAAACACCAAGCACAAGGCCGAGGCUCAGCCGAGCACCAUGACAGACGGAGGGGUAAAGUGCGACACCAUCCCGGAGCGAGUGACUCUCAAAAAAGAAAUAGGACUUCUGAGCGCCUGCACCAUCAUUAUCGGUAACAUCAUUGGCUCUGGGAUCUUCAUCUCUCCUAAAGGUGUCCUUGAGCACUCGGGUUCUGUUGGAUUGGCACUGGUGAUAUGGACAUUAGGAGGGGGCAUCGCUGCUCUUGGCUCUCUCUGUUAUGCUGAACUUGGGGUCACCAUUCCUAAGUCCGGGGGAGACUAUUCCUAUGUUACAGAGAUUUUUGGAGGCCUUGUUGGGUUCCUGCUUUUAUGGAGUGCGGUACUGAUCAUGUACCCAACAACUCUGGCUGUAAUAGCUCUGACUUUUUCUAACUACGUCCUACAGCCAGCCUUUCCCAACUGCGUUCCUCCUUAUAUGGCCACACGUAUGCUCUCCACUGUCUGUAUUUUAUUUCUGACAUGGGUAAACUGCUUCAGCGUGCGUCUUGCCACACGGAUCCAGGAUAUCUUCACUGUAGGGAAGCUCCUAGCACUGGGCCUCAUUAUAGCUGUGGGACUUUUCCAGAUCUAUAAAGGUAAUUACCAGGGUCUUACACCACAAGUAGCGUUUGAGUUUUAUAAGACACCAUCGGUGGGGCAGAUCGCACUGGCGUUCCUUCAGGCCUCCUUCGCAUUUAGUGGAUGGAACUUUCUCAAUUACGUCACAGAAGAAGUGGUGGAUCCCAGGAGAAAUCUUCCACGUGCAAUUUACAUCUCCAUUCCACUGGUGACCGUUGUGUACACGCUCACCAAUAUCGCCUACUUCUCCUCCAUGUCACCUGAUGAGCUGUUGUCCUCCAAUGCUGUGGCUGUAACAUUUGGAGAGAAGCUGCUUGGAAUGUUCUCACCAAUCAUACCCAUCUCCGUGGCACUCUCCACGUUCGGAGGCAUCAACGGCUAUCUCUUCACCUCAUCCAGGCUCUGUUUCUCUGGUGCGAGAGAAGGACAUUUACCCAGCUUACUAGCUAUGAUUCACUUUAAGAGUUGCACCCCAAUUCCAGCCCUUCUUGUCUGUUGCACUGCCACAAUCGUUAUCAUGUGCAUUGGUGAAACACACAACCUUAUCAACUAUGUGUCCUUCAUCAACUACCUCUCUUAUGGAGUCACUAUUGCUGGCUUGCUGUAUUACAGAUGGAAGAAGCCAAACCUGUACAGGCCUAUCAAGGUGAGUUUGUUGGUUCCUGUGUGUUACCUGCUGUUCUGGGUCCUGCUGCUGGGCUUCAGUCUGCACUCAGAGCCUGUGGUCUGUGGAGUCGGACUGGUCAUCAUGCUCACUGGAGUACCUGUAUACUUUCUGGGAGUGCACUGGAAAGAUAAGCCAAAGUGUAUCUAUAAAUUCAUUGAAUGGGCCACGUAUCUGGGUCAGAGAGUGUUUUUUGUGGUUUUCCCCCAAGUCGACCCCAUUGAAGACAUAACACCAAGAGAAUGGACGGAUAAGUCUUCUGCCAUUAGCAAGGCCUCUGGACCUUUUUGACUUUUUAUAUCUUUCUUUGUUUAUUACCUUAAUUAUAUAAUGUUUUGUUAAACGUUAGUUGCCAUCUUAUUUUAAAGCCCCAGAAUAAGGUUUUGGGGUAAAUAUUCAAACACAAAUAUCUAUAAGACUUGUAUUGUGUCUUCCCAUAGAUGUAAAUUUAAAUCUGUGUAAACAUUUCUAACAAACUAUCUGCUAUAUUGUUUAUUGUCCGAAGUACUUUAGUAUGGUUUAACUGGAUUAAUUCAGAAUUAUUGCCUGAAGUUUUUAUAUGCUAUCGGGUAUUUUUUCUGGUAGUUGCUUGUAUAUAUACUUGAAAUACAUAAUAAUGGAGACGUAAGAGCUAAUGCUGAAUAUAUUUAUUGCAAUUUGGCAGUUAGAGAAUUCCUUGUAUUUUGUUGUACGUUACCUCUUUAAAGCACAGCUAGACAUCUGGCAUUCAGGAAAGCACUAGCUUAGCUAACUAAGCAGGGUGCGUGACAAGAUGCUGACCCUAUACCUUAUCUUACAACCGUUUGUUAAUGACUCGGUUCUUGAGAACAUGAUAUUUUCUGUAAAGACAAAGUGCACAAUUUGAAAUUUUAUUCUAAUCUUUCAUAAAGUAUACUAAUGUUUAUUCAUUAGAUAUUGUUUGCAUUAUAAUCAAACGACAAUGAACCUAAUAUUAGUUUAUUGUUUAUAGCGACUGCAGGUAAAUCAUAUUCCUCUACAUACAUCUCAGAAGUAAACAUUUGUGAUAGUGACUAAAAAACGACUAUGACUACACACACUUUGUCUAUAAAACCAGUGUUUUCAGUUGUUCCUUAGAAGGGUUAGAGGGGUGAGAGGGUUCCUCUAGAGGAGUGAGAGGGUUAGAGGAGUGAGAGGGUUAGA